ACUGCUCUACUUCUUCUUCAUACCACCUACAGCCAAUAUGGAUGAGAUAUGGUUUUACUUCCUUUCUAUCGUUUCCUUAAUCUUUCUUCUUGAGAAGCUGUUUUCACUGAAACAAACAUGGCACAAAGAAUUCCCACCAAGCCCACCUGCAAUUCCCAUAAUAGGCCAUCUGCAUCUCUUGAAAGAACCUCUCCACAGAACGUUACAGGACAUAUCAAAUAAGUAUGGUCCAAUCGUAUCCCUCUCAUUUGGUUCCCGUAAUGUUGUCGUUGUAUCAUCCCCAAGCUUACUUGAAGACUGCUUCCACAAAAACGACAUUGUGUUUGCCAAUAGGCCUCGCCUUGCCGCUUUCAAAUAUACAGGUUAUAACUACACCACCUUGGCUACUUCCUCUUAUGGCGACCACUGGCGCAACCUCCGUCGUAUUGCUGCACUACAAAUUUUCUCAACAAAUAGACUUAACUAUUUCCACAGCAUUAGACAGGACGAAGUUAGAAUCUUGCUUAAAAAUUUAUUUGCAAAUUCGCAAACAAGUUUCACGGAGAUAGAUAUGAAAUCGAGGCUGUCAAGCCUGUCUUUUAACAUUAUAUUGAGGAUGAUAUCAGGGAAGCGAUAUUUUGGGGCAGAAGUGGAAAUUUUGGAGGUGGCUAAACGCUUUGACGACAUUUUAAGAGAGACUGCUGAAGUGAAUGGAGCAUCAAAUCCAGGGGAUUUUUUGCCAUUCCUACAGUGGAUUGAUUUCCAAGGGAUGGAGAAAAGGCUGCUUAGAUUGCAGAAAAAUUGGGACGAAUUUUGCCAAGGUUUGAUUAAUGAGCAUCGAAACAGCCAUAAUUCUUCCUCACAAGAACAAGGACGGUCUAAGACAUUCAUCGAUAAAAUGCUAUAUUUACAAGAAUCUGAACCUGAGAGCUAUUCCGAUGAAAUCAUCAAAGGCUUUAUACUGGUGAUGAUAGUUGCGGGCACGGAUACAUCAGCACUGACAAUGGAGUGGGCAAUGUCGCUUCUUCUUAACCAUCCUGAGGCGUUAAAGAAGGCUAGAGCUGAGUUAGACAAAAUUAUUGGUCAAGACCGAUUGGUAGACGAGUCCGAUUAUUCCAAGUUACCAUACCUCCAAAGCAUAAUAAAUGAGACACUACGACUAUAUCCAGUAGCACCUCUUCUGCUACCCCAUGAAUCGUCCAAUGACUGCCUCGUUGGAGGCUACUAUGUACCGCGAGGCACAAUGUUGCUGGCCAAUGCUUGGGCUAUUCAUAGGGAUCCAACGGUGUGGAAUGACCCAACAAAAUUUAGGCCUGAGAGAUUUGAAGGUUUAGAUAAAGAUGCACAUAAAUAUAAAUUUAUUCCAUUUGGGCUGGGAAGAAGGGUUUGUCCUGGAAUCCCUCUUGCAAAUAGAGUAAUGGGCUUAGCAUUGGCCGCAUUAAUUCAAUGCUUUGAGUGGGAAAGACCAAGUGAAGAGCAAAUAGAUAUGUCUGAAGGAGAAGGACUUUCUAUGCCUAAAUCACAACCUUUGAAGGCCAUGUGCAGAGCACGUGAGUCCACGAUUAAUAUACUCCGUGACCUAUAAUUACUGUUUGAUUGCAAUUGCUGUAGUAUAAUCGUUGUUGUCCAAAUUAGUUGUCUUAUAGUUUGUUUUCCCCUUUUGUUAGGUUGUUCGUGUGAGGAUUUGGAAUAAAAUCAUAAUAUAGUGUUUAAAAAAUUGAAAUAAUUGUGGUCCAUAUUUAAUUC